GUCGGGUCGGGAAUCCUCGAAUCCUUGCGUAGCCUAGUUCUGUUUUACGAAGUAUCCGAACCGGCAAAUAAAUCCCACUCAGUUGUGUGGGACCUUGGUGGCAAACUCGGACCUACUCCAGAACCGUUCCGACCGGGAUCGGAACGGUAAGGUGUUUUUUUGGACCAGUGACCUUCGGCGUGAAAGAUUUUCUCCAUUUUUGAACGAACAGUGAAAAGUGUGUUCCGUGAGUUUUUGUGGGUCGCACGUGUCCCAACCAACUGGUACCAGUACCUAGCUCUCGCUCGUUCAAACCCCCGAAAAAUUCCGUCCGACUCAACGGUUCCGGGUUUCCAUAACAAUCUCGACCCAACGCGAAAACAAUCCGAGCAGCGUCGAAAUGAAUCGUUCCCGUUCGGUUCCCCCGGGCGGCAGCGGAGGCGGAGGUCAAGCGCAACAAUCGGCCGUUACCAAAUUGGCCUUUUUGGCUGGGGGUGGCGGCGGAACUGGCAAGGGUUCCGGUGGCCUAGCGACGGUUCUAAACACCCGCGGCGGAGCAAUGAUAAUGAAGAGCGUUAGCAUUUUUCUGGCCAGUGGCAGACGAGCCUCGGCCGUGCCCAGAGAUCGGACCAAAUCGGGUGAACGGGGACAAUCGUUGGAUAGACGAGGGCAGCAGCAACAGCAACAGCAGCAGCAACAAGGUGGACGGUUGCGAGAUUCUCGUCGCAAUCGGAAGAUUUUGGCCAGGAUGGACGAGCUUAACGGGAAGCUCAACCCGAAGAUGCUGGAGAUGUACAAGCGGAGGACACAUUUUUCCAAGAUCGAGGUGGAAGCACUGUGCAAGAUCUUCCGCAAGUUGGUAACGAACGCCUCGCUGAAUUCGAAAGCCCUGGCAGCCAACAAUGCCGGCGUGAUUGCCAAGGCCGGUUCUUCAACCGAUGGCAUAGAUCGGUCGGUGUUUCGCGAGCUGCUGCACAGCACUUUCGACAUCGUCACGGAGGAAACACUGAUGGAGAGGAUUUUCUGCGCCUGGGAAAAAGGCUACGAGGGACUGCCGAUUCGGCUGGAGGGCUGGAUUCUGGGGUUGUCGACCUUUCUGAAGGGGACCCAGGCGGAGAAGACGGCGUUCUGCUUCAGGGUGUACGAUCUGAACAGCGACGGGUACAUUACGAAGGACGAGAUGUUUGCGCUGUUGAGGAAUUGUCUGAUCAAGCAGCCGCAGGACGAGGAUCCGGACGAGGGCGUGAAGGAUCUGGUGGAGAUUGCGUUGCGGAAGCUGGAUAUGGAUAAGGAUGGAAAGGUCUCUUUCCAGGACUACCAGGAAGCGAUAGCCGAGGAACCGCUGCUGUUGGAAGCAUUCGGCCAGUGUUUGCCAUCGGAUCGCUCCACCGUGUCGUUCCUGUCAACCUUGCAAGCCCAAGAAGAGUCAACGUAAGUCACCCGGCUACACAACUUCCUGUACCCCUCACGCGCGUAAUUCCUCCCAUCCCCGUACGAUAUUGAUGCGUAUAUUUGAUGGCAGUUUCAAUAAUAGUAAAGAAGGACACCUCAAUAAGCCGAUGACCUCCAUUACCGACACGAGAAGCAUGCAGUACACCGCAAGCCGAAGGAAGAAGCGAGCUCACAUCAGCACGUAGCACAAAAACUGAACGAGACUUGAACGAGGAGGCAACGAACUGCGAGGAACCUGCACAAAUCCCGUUCCACUAAAUGGGGGACCUUUUUUGUGUGUGAAGUCUGAAGACGCGACAGGUGAAGAUUGAUAGAUUGGGUUAAUCGAUGUUUCGAAGAUUCUAGAUUGGUUUCGGCAAUGAUAUGUGAGAAUGGUAGAUGACCUGCUUUUUUGCGCGUUUCACGAAUUUGCGAAACUAGUUGAAUCUACACAAUGUGAUAGAUGCUUUAUGAGAUUGGAAAACAUGAUGUAGCAUAUUAUUAGACACGUUGAAAUAAAAACGCGAAAUUUA